GCACUAUGCUGGGACGUCACUGCCGCCUCUAGGACAGAACUUCAACGCGGAGUUGACCAACGCGGAGUUGACCAUCUCGUCGGACAUCAGACGGCCGUGCCCAACCACCGCCGCGCCGGCGCCACAACACCCCGACGAUAAGCACUGCAAAGGGGUCCCCCCCAACCGCAUCCACCAUGUCCAGCCUCAACCUACAGCACGUCCACGACACCCUAGUCGCCGUGGCCUUCGAGGCCGGGCGCAUGGUGCGGGAAGCGAAGCCACAGAACAAGACGGCCGACACUAAGAUGAACUCCGUCGACAUGGUGACCGAAACGGACAAGGCGGUCGAGCGGCUCGUCAUGGCGCGGCUGCAGACGGCCUACCCGACCUUUGAUUUUGUGGGCGAGGAGUCGUACCAGCGCGGCACGACGACGGUCACGGACCGCCCCACCUUCGUCGUCGACCCCAUCGACGGCACCACAAACUUCAUCCACGGCUUCCCGGCCGUGUGUGUCAGCCUCGGCUUCCUGCUCGACCGGCUCCCCGCCGCCGGCGUCGUCUACAGCCCCUUUGACGACGUGCUCUUCACGGGCGUGCGCGGCGGCGGCGCCUACAUGCAGCGGUGCGCCUCGCUCGUCAUCGGCGGCGGCCUGGCGCCCGGCUUCUCGGUCCCGCGCGAGCGGCUACCGCUGCGCUGCCCCGAAGGCGACUCGUCCAAGGCCGCGCCGCUGACGGGGCUCGGCUCGGCCCUGGUCGCCGUCGAGUGGGGCGCGGACCGGGACGGGGCCAACUUUGAGCUCAAGGCGUCCGUGUUCCGGCGCCUGGCCGCGGGCGACCGGACCGAGGGCGGGCGCAUGUGCCACUCGCUGCGAUCCAUGGGCAGCGCGGCGCUGAACCUGUGCGCCGUCGCGGCAGGCCAGCUGGACGCGUACUGGGAGGGCGGCUGCUACGCCUGGGACGUGGCGGCGGGCUGGUGCAUCCUGACCGAGGCCGGCGGCAUCAUGGCGGGCGGCAACCCGGGCGUGUGGGACCCGGCCGUCGACUCGCGAAAGUACCUCGCCGUGCGCGGCGCUCCGUCGGGACAGAACGCGCUGGUCGAGGAGUUUUGGUCCGUUAUCGGUGACGGCGCCAUGGAGUAUGAGCACUAGAGCUGGGAGUGGCAGACCGGAACACUGUGGCGUGUGGAAUAGAUGGGCGCUUGGGAAUGCAUGUUCGCUCGACGGUUCCGUCGGCUGGCGGUGGAUAGACAACCCCUCUUUGUGGAUCGCUGUCCUAUCAACAUGAUGACAGCGCCAUAAGUAGACGAGUAACGUGACCAUGCCUACUACGACCAAGGCGAC